AUGUUAUCCAGAAAUAUUGCCCGUGCUUCAAAAACUGUUGCUAAUCAAAAAAGAUUCUUAUCGUUACAUGAAUUCCGUUCAGCAGCUUUGUUGAAGACCUACGGUGUUGGUGUUCCAGAUGGUAGUGCUGCUACUACACCAGAAAAGGCGUACGAAGUAGCCAAGGCAUUAGGUACUAACGACUUGGUUGUUAAGGCCCAAGCCUUGACCGGUGGUCGUGGUAAAGGUCACUUUGAUAACGGAUUCCAAGGUGGUGUUAAGUUAAUUUCAUCUCCAGAAGAAGCCAAAGAAUUGGCCGAAAAGAUGUUGGGACACAAGUUGAUCACCAAGCAAACCGGUGAAGCUGGUAAGGAAGUUACCGCUGUGUACAUUGUCGAAAGAAGAGAUGCCAGAACUGAAGCUUACUUGGCUAUUUUGAUGGACAGAAGUACCCAGACCCCAUUGAUCGUUGCUUCUUCUCAAGGUGGUAUGGACAUUGAAGGUGUCGCUGCCAAGGAUCCAGAUGCCAUCAAGAGUUUCCCAGUUCCAUUAGAAGAGGGUGUCUCUGACAAAUUGGCCAUUGACAUUGCAUCUGUCUUGGGAUACACCCAAGAAGCCAUUCCAGAAGCUGCUAAGACCGUUCAAAACUUGUACAAGGUUUUCAUGGAAAGAGACUGUACUCAAGUUGAAAUCAACCCAUUAUCCGAAACCCCAGAUCACAAGGUUUUGGCUAUGGAUGCUAAGUUGAACUUCGAUGACAAUGCUGCUUUCCGUCAAAAGGAAGUUUUCUCAUGGAGAGAUCCAAGUCAAGAAGACCCAGAAGAAGUCACUGCUGCUGAAUACGGUUUGAAUUUCAUCAAGUUAGAUGGUAACAUUGCUAACAUUGUUAACGGUGCCGGUUUAGCUAUGGCCACUAUGGAUAUCAUUAAGUUAUACGGUGGUGCUCCAGCCAACUUCUUAGAUUGUGGUGGUACUGCUACUCCAGAAACCAUCGAAAAGGCAUUCGAGUUAAUCUUAUCUGAUAAGAAGGUUAACGGUAUUUUCGUCAACAUCUUCGGUGGUAUCGUCAGAUGUGACUACGUCGCUGAAGGUUUAAUUGCUGCUACCAAGAACUUCAACUUAGAUAUUCCAGUUGUCGUCAGAUUACAAGGUACUAACAUGGCUAAAGCUAAGGAAUUGAUUGAAAACUCUGGUUUGAAAUUAUACGCUUUCGAAGACUUAGAUCCAGCUGCUGAAAAGAUUGUCGCUUUAGCUCCAAAGGCUUAG